AUGUCAAAUUUAAGUCAAUAUCAAUUACAAAAUUUAAAUGAAUCCGAAAGGAGUGAAAUUUUAAAGUUCAUUGAAAGUGAAAAUGCAAAAUCUAAAGUUCAAAUGUCUAUACAUAAUUUUACUGAUUUGUGUUUCAAAAAAUGUAAUAAAAAUUCUUCAAUGAAUGCAAAUUUAUCCAAUGAUGAUGAACAAUGUUUGAAAAAUUGUGUUAACAGAUUCUUAGAUCUUAAUAUUAAAAUCGUUCAAACUUUACAACAACAAUAA